ACAUGGCGGAGAACAGCAUGGCUGCAGUAAACAACGUCAGUUUAUCUAAGUUACAAUCUUUAAACGGUAUCUUUGCCAUUUAUAAGAAACAUGGACCCACUUCUGCUGAUGUGUUAAAUAUGCUUAAACAGAAGCUUUUAAAAGAGGCUGGAGUAGAGAAGACAAACCCAAAAAAGAGGAAGAAACAGGCUUUCAAAUUGGGUCAUGGCGGGACUCUGGACAGUGCUGCGUCUGGGGUUCUGGUAGUUGGGAUUGGUGAAGGGACGAAAAUGCUCACCUCCAUGCUUGCUGGAUCAAAGAAAUACACUACGGUUGGAAUGCUGGGAAAAGCUACAGACACCCUUGAUGCCACGGGAACUGUAGUUGAAGAAAAGAGCUAUGAUCACAUUACAAGAGAGGCAUUUGAGGAGAAGCUGAAGCAGUUCACUGGUGAAAUCAUGCAAGUCCCACCUCUGUACUCUGCACUGAAGAAAGAUGGGAAGCGUCUUUCAGUUUUGCUGAAGCAAGGGCAUGAAGUGGAAGCUAAGCCUGCACGUCCAGUUACAGUUUACAGCAUCUCACUUCAAGAAUUUAAUCCCCCACAGUUCACUCUGGAGGUGGAGUGUGGUGGAGGGUUUUAUGUCAGAAGCCUGGUGAAUGACCUAGGAAAAGCACUGUCCUCAUGCGCUCACGUACACGAGCUGAUCCGGACUAAGCAGGGUCAGUUUACUCUGGACGAGCACGCGUUAAAGGAGGAGCACUGGACCUUUCAGGAAAUUUCUCAGCGUCUACAGCCCUGUUCAAAGUCUUCAUCUGUACAAAACACCAGCAAAAAAAACAAAACACAGGACUCUCAGCUCAACCGUGAAUGUUCUGCUGAAGACCACAAAGCUGAGAAUGCUGGUGAAGAUCAUGGUCACGGCAGUAAUUAGAGACGAUCUGCUAGGUAGAGUGGAGGAAACCUCACUGGUGCACUGAUUUUGGGGAUUUAUGUUUAUUGUGGUUUCUUUAUUAAGGUUCUGACAUAUAAGGGAAAAGAGGUUAUUAAGUAAUCAUGCUUUGAGUUGAGAGCAGCAGGUUUAACAUAAUAAAAGCCCUUCAGAGUCACAUAUUGCUUUUAAUUAUGAUAUUGUUUUAUGACAAUGUUUAGAUGGCUGCCGUUGUCAUCCAGAGUGUGUUCGAAAAGCACUGAUUUUUUUAAUCCCCAAUUUGCAGUGAGCCUUUUUUCAGUUAUUUUCAUGCCACAGUACCAUAUUGCAGUUAUCAUUCUUUACUAUGUUGUAAGAUUAAACAAACAUACUUGAGCCUUUAUUUAUUUCAUUUUUUACAGAAGUUUGUCAGACAUUUUUUUGAAACCCAUUUGACAUUAAAAUCAGUACCUG